UCUUGGACUGAAUGCAGUUGUUGGUUUGAUUGUAAGAAGAUGCUGCUGCUCUGCAGGUGUGGAAUUUCUAGAGGGGAUCUCCAACAAAGAGCCUUGACAAAGCUGGCAGUUACAAGCUCUCUGCUUGGAUGUUCCUUACUUCAGAGUUUACAUGUAAAAGUUGGAGACAAAGCUGAACUUACUAAAGCUUUUACACAGAACGAUGUCAUUACUUUUUCUGAUUUAACAGGUGACACAAACCCUCUGCAUUUAGAUGAAGACUUUGCAAAGAAAUCUAGGUUUGGGAGAACUAUUGUACAUGGAGUUUUGAUCAAUGGACUUAUUUCUGCAGUUCUGGGUACUAAAAUGCCCGGUCAAGGUUGUGUAUUUCUUUCUCAGGAGAUCCGAUUUCCAGCUCCUUUGUAUAUUGGAGAAGAAGUCACAGCUGCAGCGGAAGUUAAACGACUGAAAAGCUCUGUUGCUCACAUCUCAGUAUCAUGUAAAGUCAAAGAAAGUGAAAAGACUGUUAUGGAAGGGAUGGUGAAAGUCAUGGUGUCAGAAAGUUAGAGCUGUUGAUCUUAUGCUACUUCACAGUAAAGGCAAAAAUACAUGCUU